AUGGCGGUGGCUCUGGACGCGGUGUGGCUGCGCGUGAAGAACGUGUGCAAGCAGAACGGGCUCCUCAUACUGUCCGUGCUCGCCGUUGUCAUCGGCUGCCUGCUGGGCUUCUUCCUGCGGACGCGACGGCUCACCGAGCAGGAAGUGAUGUACUUCCAGUUCCCCGGUGAGCUACUGAUGAGGAUGUUGAAGAUGUUGAUUCUACCGCUGGUCGUCUCCAGUCUGAUGUCUGGUUUGGCUGCACUGGACGCCAAGUGCUCAAGCCGGCUGGGUCUCAUCACCGUGUCUUACUACCUGUGGACCACCUUCGUGGCCGUGGUGGUUGGCAUCGUCAUGGUUUCCAUCAUCCACCCUGGGGGCGCCGCCCAGAAGGAGGACUCAGAGGAGGGCAGCAAGCCCAUCAUGAGCUCUGCCGACGCCUUGCUCGACCUCAUCCGCAACAUGUUUCCCUCCAACUUGGUCCAGGCUACGUUUCAACAGUAUCGAACGAGUACUGAGAUCACUAUGAAACCGAAGCCCACCGUGAGCCAGAGCCUAUCAGAGUCUAGCACGCGGCGGGCCCUCAUCUACGGUAUCCAGGACGACAACGGAACCGACAUCCAGAACUUCGCACUGGACCUGACCCCGCCCCCGGACGUGCUGGUGCGCACCCGGCCAGGGAACAGCGAUGGCAUGAACGUCCUCGGGAUAGUCAUCUUCUCAUCCACCAUGGGUAUCAUGCUCGGGCGGAUGGGCCCCAACGGCACUGCUCUGGUUAACUUCUGCCAGAGCCUGAACGAGGCUGUCCUGAAAAUUGUCGCCAUCGUCAUCUGGUACUUCCCGUUUGGCAUCGUGUUCCUGGUGGCGGGCAAGAUCCUGGAGAUGAGCGAUCCAUCAGCAAUGGGGAAGAAGCUGGGCUUCUACGCAAUUACAGUGGUGUUUGGUCUGGUCCUGCACGGCCUCUUCAUCCUGCCAGCCAUGUACUUCUUCAUCACCAAGAAGAGCCCCAUUGUCUACAUACGAGGAAUCCUGCAGGCGCUGCUGAUCGCCCUCGCCACCUCCUCCAGCUCCGCCACGCUGCCUAUCACCUUCAAGUGCCUGUUGGAGAAUAACCACAUCGACCGGCGCAUCAUCCGCUUCGUGUUGCCCGUGGGCGCCACCAUUAACAUGGACGGCACCGCGCUGUACGAGGCCGUGGCGGCCAUCUUCAUCGCCCAGGUCAACAACUACGAACUAGACUUUGGUCAGAUCAUCACCAUCAGCAUCACGGCCACAGCAGCUAGCAUCGGCGCAGCAGGCAUUCCACAAGCAGGGCUGGUCACCAUGGUGAUAGUGCUUACCUCCGUCGGCUUGCCAACUGACGACAUCACCCUCAUCAUUGCUGUUGAUUGGGCGCUUGACCGGUUCCGUACCAUGGUGAACGUCAUGGGGGAUGCCCUGGCCACAGGCAUCAUGGCACACAUCUGCAGGAAGGACUUCAUCAAGGAGGGGGAUGGGGUACCACUGAUGUGCGAAACCAAGCCCAUGUUGAGCGGCCCACCGCAGGUCAACUGCCAGAACAACAACGGCAACUACCGCGCCUCUGCCCUGGGGCUCAAGUCGGAGCUGCUGCCCCCGGACGUGGCUCGGCUGGUGCAGCUGGAGGAGGGAGUUCGCCCCGCGCCGGCCCAUCCCCACAGGAGGAAACCCCCCUUACCACCGAGACAUGGGAAAAACAAGGACCACCAGCACUGCGCCAUCGACAUGAACGGCAUUGAGACCAACGUAUAGCGUCGGGUGCUAGGGGGGGGUCCGCCGCUCAGGAUGCGCAGUCACUGCUGAACACAACGCAUUGUGUGCGUGGUCAAAGAGAACGCAGAGGACUCGAGGACAAGCAAGGAACCUUGAGGUCUUGAUGUGAGGGCUUGGAACGUAAUGUUUAUUUUACUGGGUGUCAGUUACCAAUGGACAAGGCAUCGCAGAUUUCUCAGUAUUUAUUUUUCAAAACGGUGAAUGGAAUGGAUUUUUUUUUUGUCCUCCACAAGGCCAACCGACAUUAUAUCGAUAUUCUAUAGAGUUGAAUGGUUCCAACAAAGCACUGAGCUCGGAUUCCUCUUUGGAUUGGUCCACCCAUCGUGGGGUCCGCUGGCACCCAGAGGUCCGGUCAGAACACUCUCUCCUAGGAAUUAAAAAAACGGUGUUGUGCAAAGUCCUUGAGAAAUCAGAUAUUUAGUACAUAACUAAAUAUCUGCAUCGCUCGAUUGGUUUCUACUGGACAGUUUUAUAAGCUUCAAUCAAUCACAACUGUCAUGAAUUUUAUAUGAUUUCACUGUGUACCAUUGUCAAUUUGAGAUAUGUUUUCACGCCACUGAAUCCGGAGCCAAUAAAGUUGCAUUUAAUCUUGUUCAAUAUCGCCUUAACAUGCUGGUGGUGCCAGAAUGGAGAUAGUAUGAAGAUAACAAUGAGGAUGAUCACUAUGAAUAUUAAUAUUAAAUCAAAGUAGUAGAUGGUUAUGGUGGAGAUGAAGAUAAUCAUGAUGAAUAUUGUAAAUUGAUGGAAGUAGAUAGUGGUGGAGGGGAUGAGGAAGAUGAUGAUGCUGAUUAAAAUAACCAUGAUGAAGAUUACAAUUAAUUGAUAGUAUUAAUAGCUCAAGAUGAUGUUAUAAGGAUUUUAAUGAUUAUGAUAAUGAUGGUUGUAAAGAUAAUGAUAAUCAACAGUGUCGUAUCUGAAACUGAUUUAAUUAUUUUUAAAUCAUUAACGAAGCAAACUUAAUUUGAGUGGUAUUUUCCUUUCUUUCACUUGAACAAUUUUUAUUUAUUUUUACUUAACUCAGUCUUGUGUUGUCCACAUUUGGCCAUGUUUCUACCAUGUAACUCUUAACUUAGUAUCUAGUGAGUCUUUAACUAUCUAUUGGCUUACAUUCGUAACAAUUACCGUAUCAAUAUUAUUAUCUAUUUAUAUUUACGGGAAAUGUGUCUAUAUAACCCAGGUUCAACUAUUAACUAAUAAGUUAAAAAAGAGUUAAAUCAAGAAUGUUUUUUUAGUAAAACAUGAAUAAGCCCUUAUUGAAAUGUAAAACCAUCUAAAAAAUAACCUUCGUAAAAAUGUAAACACAAAAACAUUGUAGUAAUUGUGAAUUAACUGCCAGAUGGAUAAAUCUAUAACUUGUUUGUCUC